UUUUCUAGAUUAGUGUAUCUUUCGCACUAUCAAUCCAUCAUUACAGGCCAAAACAGCAUUAUCACCAACGAACGAAAACAUGAUAUGUGAUGAUAAAUGGACGAUAUGCAUCAAGGUUGUGCGAGAAAGUUUUGCACAAAGAAAGUUCUCACAAGAGCAAGAGCAUGAUUCGGGGAGGCGAAUGGUGGAUAGAGCUACUCAAAGCAAUCUCCAGAGCAGAUCAAGAGAAAGCUCCAAAGAGCCAAUCAGAGCACUGCGUGGGGUUGACACAUUACUGCUACUGCUUCCCAUGGUCUUGUGCUCUCCUCGAAGCCUCUCUUUCUGCUGCCAGUUUACUGCUAAUUUGUUGCCAUUUCUCUCAAGCUCUCCAGGCCAUGCUAUUCAUACGCCAUCUCCUUGAUGCGCCAUUGAAAACAGACCACAGCAUUUUCAGACACUGAGGACAGAUUCGGAACCGGCUUCCGCUUCACACCACCCCCGCGAGUGGGAUGGAACAGUGUCUCUUUUUACGCUCUCUCUUCACACGGUCUUUAUUCACCCGUGGAAACGGCGCUUUUCUCGUGACCAGCCCACGUGGCCGCUUUGCUGUGUGAAAAAAUUCCAACAUUUUCUAAAACCACUCACUUUUGCUCAAAAC